UAAAGCAGCCCUCAAACAUUUGGACAACUCGGGGAAAAAACAUGCAAUCUUCAACGUUGGACAAGAAAUUGCAAGGAUUUCAAUUAAUUGCUCAGGAAAAAUUACAAGCCAUACUAUGUUCAAUACCGGGCAAGAAGGAUUUAAUUAUAGAGCCCAAUCUGAUUAAACCCUUAGAGCACAUUUGCGCAGCAUCCUGGCUAAAACUCAAAGGUAUACAACGCAUCUUUAAAUUAGAUGCCAGUAAUGCUAUUACCCGUUCGCCGGAUCAAGUCCAGUUGUAUAUGAUACGCAGUGAAUUGGCUACGUUUGGUCGUGUCAUGGAACAAAUCAAAUUAAUUCGCAAUACAGAAACCAGCAUUGGAGCAUGGUCAGAGGAUGCAACAUUUAAAUACUAUCAUGUGAUAUGUGUGCCUUCUUGUUUUGCUUAUUUCAUGCAAAUGCUGGAGCAUGAAGGCCUUUAUGGCAUAGUCGGUUUGCAUAGAUACAACUGGGAUUUUAUUCAUUUAGACGAGGGUGUUCUAAGCAUGGAAGUACCAAAUGUGUUCUCCUCAGUCUAUACGCGAGCAGACUGUUGCCUAUUACCAUCGAUAUCUCAGAGCUUGCGUGUUCUACAUAUUCUCUGUGGACGUCCAGACUUCAUAUUAACCUAUGGUGUUCAUUCGGAAAACAUUUUAAAAAUGCUUAACAACUUAGGUCCUUUGCCCAAGAACUCAAGCGAACAAAAGGAUAUAGAUUUUGCCGCAAUGUUAAUAAUAGACCGAGAUAAAGACUAUGCAUCGCCAUUACUCACACCAGCCAUAUAUGCGGGCCUCUUGACAGAGGUGUUCAGCACCAAUGCUGGUAUACUUGAAUUGGAUUUGAGCAAAAAUAAGAUAAAACAACAAAAACUAUCCAUCUUUUUGAUACCCCCCAAAAGGGAGAAGGAAAAGACCACAGGUAGUAAUGCACCUUCGAAAAAUGUAAAACCCACCACAAUACGUUUGAGCGGUGCGCAUGAUGAGAUCUAUGCAGAAAAUCGCUAUAAGCAUUUUUCCGCGGCCAGCAGUCAAAUACGCCAGCAAGCAAAGUCCAUUAGCAUGGAAUUGCACAAACUCAAUAAUAUGAAAUUGGAAGAGAUGCACGAUUAUGUCAAUCGCAAGUUGCCCAAGGUAACGGAGCUGAAAACCAAGCUGCUGAGGCAUUUAAAUGCCAGCGAAAAAGUCAUCGAAAUGUUGGGCAACAAUUAUCGGCGUGUGCAGAGCUUGGAGGAGGAUAUCUUGAAUAAUGUAUCGCGCAAGAAAAUAAUCGGCGACAUCGAUGAACUAUUGACCACUGAUGGUCAGAAAUAUAAUACUUUGCGAUUGUUGUGCCUUCUGCAUGUGUGUGCUGGCAUAACCACAGAUGAAUUGACACAAUUUGUGCGAAACUACUGCAACUACUUUGGCCUAAAAUAUUUGCCAAUUUUCCAAAAUCUGGCACAGGUGGGACUUUUACCAGCCAUAACAGAAGAAGGAGGCUUGGCAGGCUUCACAUCUUCAACUCCCCUCAAUAAGACGGCAACAAAGUUACUCUCCAAUAUACCACUUAAUAUACAAAAGUUCCAGCAAACUCCCUUCCAGGCCAAUGCCAAUCGUUUAAAGCUUAUGGUCUCCACAGCUGGGGCAGAUGAAAUGGAUAAUAUUUCGGUGGCUUCGGCCUCAUCAUCUUCGGUUUCGACGACAGCAUCCAAUGCAACAGUUAAUUCCCUAACAUGUCCCAGUUAUGUAUUUAAUCGUGUCUACAUACCGCUUAUAGCUCAGCUAUCAGCGUUUCUCUUGAAGUCUACGAGCAUGGAGGAUUUCACUUCUAAGCUGUCAAUGAUUGAUAAUAUACAAAUCAAUGGCCAGCCCAUGAAAUCCUAUGGUCAGAGUGUGAAACAGGGCAACACUAGAGAAAUACUGCCUCUGACAAAACGCCAAAUUCUAGUGUAUGUGGUGGGUGGUGUGACCUAUGCUGAAAUUGCUGCUUGCAACAUUAUUUCAAAGAUAACCGAAUCUCAGGUGAUAGUGGCUUCUGAUUCUAUAAUAUCGGGUGCUGACCUAAUAGCAGGCUCAUUCUAAAACCUCAAGUUGGCAGAUGGUGAUCGAGUUCGAUACCAGUGUCUUAUGUAUGGGCACAACUAAAAACGCACAUAUUCUAUUCUUUUUAAACCCUCCACCAUAGGAUGGGGGUAUACUAAUUUCGUCAUUCUGUUUGUAAUACCUCGAAAUAUGCGUCUGAGAUCCCAUAAAGUAUAUAUAUUCUUGAUCGUCUUGACAUUUUAAGUCGAUCUAGCCAUAUCCGUCCGUCCGUCCGUCUGUCUGUCGAAAGCACGCUAACUUUCGAAGGAGUAAAUCUAGGCGCUUGAAAUGUUGAACAAAUACUUUUUAUUAGUGUAGGUCAAUUGGGAUUGUAAAUGGUCCAAAUCGGUCCAUGUUUUAAUAUAGCUGCCAUAUAAACCGAUCUAGGGUCUUGACUUCUUGAGCCUCUAGAGGGCGCAAUUUUCAUCCAUUUUGACUGAAAUUUUGCACGUGGUGUUCUGGUAUCACUUCCAACAACUGUGUUAAUUAUGGCUCAAAUCGGUGCAUAACCUGGUAUAGCUGCCAUAUAAACCGAUCUUGUGUCCUGACUUCUUGAGCCUCUAGAGGGCGCAAUUUUCAUCCGAUUUGACUGAAAUUUUGCACGUGGUGUUUUGGUAUCACUUCCAACAACUGUGUUAGGUAUGGUUCAAAUCAGUUCAUAACCUGAUAUAGCUGCCAUAUAAACCGAACUUGUGUCCUGACUUCUUGAGCCUCUAGAGGGCGCAAUUCUCGUCUGAUUUGGCUGACAUUUUACAUGAGGUGUUUUAUUAAGACUUCCUACAACUGUGCUUAGUAUGGCGCAAAUCGGUACAAAACUUGGUAUAGCUGCCAUAUCAACCGAUAUUGGGUCUUCACUUCUUAAGCCUCUAGAGGGCGCAAUUCUCAUCCGAUUUGACUGAGGUGUUUUAUUAUCACUUCCAAUAACUGUGCUAAGUAUAGUUUGAAUCGGUUCAUAACCUGAUAUAGCUGCCAUAUAAACCGCCCUUGGAUCAUGACUUCUUGAGCCGCUGGAGGGUGCAAUUUUCAUCCGAUUUGGAAGAGUACAACGUUUUCUCUCAUGAUCUUCAACAUACGUGUCUAAUAUGGUCCGAAUCGAUGCAUAGCUUGAUAAAGCUCCCAUAUAAAGCGAUCUCCCGAUUUUGCUUCUUGAGCCCCUAUAAGAAGAAAUUCUUAUCCGAAUGAACUGAAAUAUUACACAAUGACUUCUACAAUGUUCGGCAUUAAUUUAUGGUCCGAAUCGGACUAUAACUUGAUAUAUGUAGCUCCAAUAGCAUAACAGUUCUUAUUCAAUAUUCCUUGUUUGCCUAAAAAGAGAUACCGUGCAUAGAACUCGACAAAUGCGAUCCAUGGUGGAGGGUAAAUAAGAUUCGGCCCGGCCGAACUUAGCACGCUCUUACUUGUUUUAGCCUAAAGUGGUGACAAAACAAAUCCCCUUCCAGAAUCAAACAAAUGGUCUUUCAACCAUAAUAUGAAAAUGCUUGGAAUAGUAGUUUGUUUCGGAAGUAGCUAGUUGACACACUUUGGCACUUAACUCUUCAUAUACUAAACUAUUUCUAUAUUUAUUUGAAACUUGUU